UUUCUUCUUAACAGAGCUGAAGUGUGAGGAUAGACAGCUUCUCACUGAGGAGCCAAACUUUUCUCACCUCUUAGGUUCUGGGGAAAAAAGAAAGUGAUUAAAAAAAAUAUGGCUCUGAACACAUGCUGUGGCAACUACGGCUCCAGUACUUCAGGGAGUUCAGGGCAGGCAAAUUCCUGCUGUGCAAGGAUCCCUCCUGACAUCGGUGUGCUGCUCUGCACGGGUGAACAGAGCCCACGUGGAGCUUCCUGCAGGAUCCGUGCUGUGUUUUCUGCAGACCUUGGAGACCACUUGAAAUUGAUAGUAUCAGGACCCCUGAAACCAGAAAUUACCAUAACUUACAUUGCUGUUUCAGCUAUAUUCUUUAACAGUGGACUCUCCUUAAAAACUGAGGAGCUGACAAGUGCUUUGAUGCAUGUGAAACUACACCUUUUUGUCCAGAUUUUUACACUUGUGUUCUUCCCAACAGCAAUAUGGGUCUUUCUUCAGCUGUUAUCAAUCACACCUAUAAAUGAAUGGCUUUUAAAAGGCUUGCAGACAGUGGGCUGCAUGCCACCUCCUGUGUCUUCUGCUGUAAUUUUAACCAAAGCUGUUGGUGGGAAUGAGGCAGCUGCUAUAUUUAAUUCCGCUUUUGGAAGUUUUUUGGGCAUUGUUAUAACUCCACUUCUGCUUUUGCUUUUUCUUGGAUCAUCCUCCUCUGUGCCUUUUACAUCCAUAUUCUCGCAGCUGUUUAUGACUGUUGUAGUCCCUCUUAUUAUUGGACAGUCCAGGAGAGCUGCAGGGAGGAGAGGUACCCUGGGAGAUGAGCUCUCCAGGAGCUUUUUGCAGAGGACCAAAGAAAUGGAUAAACAGCAUUCAGAACACAUUCAGUCCCUACCAAGACCUGACUCAGCAGGGAACAGAGCCUCCUUUCCACAGAAUGCAGAAUAUGAAGGAAAGAUUGUCCGAAGAUACAUCAAGGACUGGCUUGAAAGGAAGAAGCCUCCAUUUGGUGCUAUCAGCAGCUGUGUGCUCCUGAUGAUCAUCUACACGACGUUCUGCGAUACUUUUGCCAAUCCAAAUAUUGACCUGGAUAAAUUUAGCUUGAUUAUAAUCGUGUUCAUAAUAUUUUCUGUUCAGAUGAGCUUCAUGUUUUUGACUUUCCUCUUCUCCACAAGGAAUAACUCUACUUUCACACCAGCAGACACAGUGGCUAUCGUUUUCUGUUCCACACACAAAUCCCUCACCCUGGGGUCCUGUGGGUUGCAGAGAAGCAGCAAAAGUUGUGUGGCUUGAGAAUGUUAUGAUUUUUGAUAUUUGCACAAGGUUUUGGGCUCCACAGUUCAAAAAUUAUGUGGACGAACUGGAAAGAAAUGAGAAGAGAGUGCCAUGAAUGAUCAUAGACCUCAAAAACAUGACCCCAGAGAUUGAGGCAGUUGGCAUUGUUGAGGGAAGAUAACUAAAAUACUGCAGUGAUCUUCAAAUGCAUAAAAGGAAGAAAGUGACUCUGUCACAGUGGACUUUGUAAAGGGAAGGACUUUGUUACAGUGAUGAUGAUUUAAGCUAACAAUCAGGGAAACCUGUCUAGUGUAAAACAGUUCAGCUUUGGAAUAUGUUGCCUAUUGAUGUCUUCAAUCUCCUAUCAUUGUAGACAAGCCUCAGAUGGGAAUUAAAUAGUGGAGUUGAUCCUGCCUUGGAGCAGAACAUAGAUUAAAUGACAUUGGUCUUUUCCAGCCAAAUGUUCUAUGAAACUGAGCUUGGACUAAUAAAUGAGCUUGUAUUUGUGGAAAGCAACUGCACACAUAAGUCAUAACACACUGCUGUGCUUUCUGUUUGGAAACGUAUGAACUUAGGGCACAACUGUGAUACUACAGAAGAAAAGCUGGAGAAGCUGGUUGUGUUUAACAGCACAAAUGUGCAAGUUUCCCCUUCUCUCCCCAGAGAGAAUAGUUUUAUAUAUGCUCUGUUGCAUAUUUCUGCCAGCUUGCCAUGACACUAAGAAAAUAAGCACAAAGCCUUUUUAAAUAUUUAAGUCCUAAAGGGGCUUGCCAUCACCCCCCAAAAAAUGAGGACUGUUCAUUUCUUUUACUCACUCUACCAAGCAUCCUUAUGCAGCCUGUCUUGACCUGACUCUGUGACACAGCUGAGUCAGUUCACUUUUCUUCUGCUACUACACUCUCAAUUUUUUAUGUUAUUUUCUUUUUUAGAAGAACUUAGUUUGAAGUUCCUAGCUCUCUUGACCUUUUGGCUCCGAAUUCCAAGUUACUGCUCAUAUUAGCAUGGCCUCAUGAGCCAACUUUUGUAUUCUGCAGCUUUCUUCGCCCAAGUACACUGGCAAAAAUACUUUGGCCACCUUGACUUCAAGGAUUCCUGCAGCCUCUCCCCAGUUAUAAAUACCUUUUUCCCCUAGUCCAGAUAUCCCAUGUCUAAAUGUGCAGGUUGAAGUGAACAGGUAGACAGUGGAACAUGGUACUGUGGGGCUGUUUCUGAGCUGUGGACUGUUCUGUCAGCUUUGGGGCAGACUGCUUUUCAGUCAUCCUGGGAGAGGAAUGGGGAAAUGCUCCUUUUGGCAGCCCCCUAGGAGCCUGUCCUUGGUAAGCCUGAAGUACCUGCUGGUUUUGUGUGCACCCCUGCUCCAUGGGUGUCCAGGUGUGCCUGCUGUGUAUCAGACUCCAGCUGGCUGAAUUUGGAACCAUUGAUAUUUUAUUCUGUUUGGUGUUAGUAGCAGUUCCAGAUAACGUAGAGCUGUAUAAAAACAAAUCUAUGUGAAAAUAAGGAGUAUUGGGUUUUACAAAACCAGGGUGUGAUGAGGCAUGUGCAUGAGCUGAUGAUGCAAACAGAUAUGUUAACCAGAGCAGGCAGCAUUUUUUCCUUCACUGAAUGUGGGAGCAGAGUAGGUCCAAUUAGUUUUUAAGGAUUAGCUGUUUCUGAAUGACACUUAAAUCUUUCCCUGUCCACCCUGGUCUUCGUAGAAACAAGAUAAACACAGGCAUUUUGGCCCUUACUCUUUUGCUGUUCUGGCACAUUUCUGCUUGUCCUUAGGUGUUUGUUAUAAACUAUGCAACAAAAGAUCUUCUGCUCACUUAUGUUAGAGAGAGCUUUUCCUUCUCCCUCUGUCACUGCAAUGCCUGAAAGCACAAACACGGCUCUCAUUUCACAUCUGUUGUGGAGCUCUGCUUUGUUUGUCUUCAAGAUUCCAGUGGUAAUGUAUAAAUGACCCCCCAACACUUGUACCUUCGCUUUGAAACUGAUUUCUCUCAGCUUGGCAGGUGAAACUCCAAAUAGCUAUGUCUGGCCCAUUCCCGGGGGAGCUGAGAAUGGCACCAACUAAAGUGGGAGAAGAGCUGACAGCUUUAAAGCUUUAGAAGUGGUAAUAGGAGAGGCAUGAGAAGACUUUUGUAAGUCACUUUCUCCCACACCAUAUUAUGAAACCAACUAAUUCCCAUGCAGUGCAUGCUCAUGAGGCCAACUGCCACUUCCACUGUUGCAUCCAUGAAUAAGUGCUUGCUCUGCACGGAGAUGAGUGCUGUUCCCAUAUGCUGGGUCUUAUUUUGUAGACAGAACAGUUGACACACUUUUUGUCUCAAAGAUCAGAGUGCAGGGCGUGUUUGUGUAAGGACAAAUUACACAGGUUAGGUGCCUUUGUGUUCCUUGGCUGGGAGCACGAGCCAGUACCUCUGCAUGGAGGUGGGUGCUUCAGCAGGAUUUUGAAUAAAGGGCAUCACACAUGCAGAAAAACCAAUGUUUAUUUGCAUUUCACCUAAAGAGUGAAGCAGGAUAUGAACUUGCAAGGAAGCCAAGAUAAAUAUAGUAUCCACAAUGGCCUCUGGCAUUUUCACCCCCACAUUGUUCCCUUUCUCUCCUCCUCCCUGCUCACAUAUAUGCAUGGUACAUGUGAGCACACACAUAUGCAGACAUUUGAUGCAUGGCUUUUAUUAGUGCAUUUGCCAUUGAUUGAUUAGUACUUAGUAUUAGUACUUCUUCUAUUGAUUGAUUGCAGAUGAAGUGACUAUUUGACCUUUAAUUAUGAGCCUUGCUAUUGAAAAUGACAUUGAGCUAUGGCUUCACAUAAUCCAUCUGGAAAGCCCGACAUGAUGCCAUUCCCUGGAGUUCAUUCAGUGAGAAGAGAAGAGGCCUCAAGGAAGUGCAAAGCUAUCACUGUGGCUCAUUUAAAAAAAUACUGCAGUUGUUGCUUGCACUUACACAAAAGUUGCAGCCAAAUACAAAACAUUAUUUGAUUAUUUUUUUUCAGAGAGUAAAUUGCUAGCUAGAAGUUACAACUCUGAAAGGAAAAUUCAGGAUUGUCAAAAAUAUAUAUUUGCUUUAAUUCUUGAUAUUUACUAUGUAAAAUUAUAUUAUCAGGAAAAAUCAUAGUACAAAGUUACCUAUUUUGGCUACCACAAGGGCAAAUAUUAAUAUUGGAGGUAUUAUGAACAGCAGAUUAGUAAAACAAAAUAGCAAAAAGAACCCUACCUAAUAUUAAGAUUGGGGUAUUGUUUGUGAUAGAGUAUGUAUUUUUCCUCAUGUGGAUUCAGCAAUGUAGCAGUUCUCUCACCAUGUGGCCCUUCAAGUAAUACAAUCAAAGUUUCUAGCCGACUAAAUACUUUCAGGCAAGAAUACAGUUCAUUCUAGAAAUAAAAGCCAAAACACCAACUUUCUUUUGUCUUGUUUUAAUUUAAUUCAAAUUUAUUUUUUUAAAUACUUCGUUUCUUACUGCUCAAGUGUUUGAGCAAUGGCUGUACUUGAACAAUUCUUAAAAGGCUGAUGUUGUGCACAAGUAGAUUGAUUCAGAGGGGAAUGUCUGCGAGGGGUUCAUCCAGACUGUGGAUUAAUCAGCCCCUGCCUUCCCCCGAGCUGCCCAGCUGCACAGUGGGACAGAGGGCAUCAUGCUGACAUACAGCUCCAAUCUGCUCCCAGGUAUCUAUAGUUUUCUGUCAUGCUUUCUACAGAUAUCACCUUAUAAGAUUUUUCAGGAUAAAAAAUAUACCGAAAUGCUGUACUAAUCCAUUGUAGACUCUUUUUAUUGUAUGGUGAUAAUUACCUCUCUCCUUUAAAUAGAAAAAUGCUAAAAUGUUCUAACUUGUGCUAAGAUUAAAGGUGGAUGGUUUUAAAAAGGAGGCAUCUCUUAAUCAUUCUGUAAUAGAAAGGUAAGAUGGCAAAAUCAUGUGUGUUGCCCUAAGCGAGUAUUGAGGCUAUUCUCUGGUAUUUUUGGAGUGUAGUGCUUUUUCUCUGCUCCUGGCAGAGAACUUUCCUCUAAGGCAGUUAUUCAUCAAGGUCCUCUGCCUUUCACAUAAAGAUAUAGAAAAUAAUCCUGGUUAAUUGCUCUCUGAAAGUUUUCAAGAGUAAGACUUUUCAUGCUGUUUUUUACCUUCAAAAUUUUCCCAGGAUGUUGAACAGGAGACUUUACUACAUUCUCUCAUACCUCUUGGUGUUGGUAGUGCUUGAAUUUGCAUUUGUGUCUUUUACAGGCUUUUAGUCUCAUUCCUUCCCCAGCUGUUUGAUAGGGUGAUGUAAGUAAAAAUUAUCCAGCUACCCCUCUGUCUGGAACUGGUGGGUGCUGUCCCUUGGGGCAGAAGGGAAGCUGAUGGGAGGAGAAUGCUUCAAAGAAUGAGUGUCUUCCAAAGGCUGGACCCCUCACUGCUGCCCAGAGAAUUAGGCACUCUCCCAUUUCUCCUUCUGAAAUCCCUCAGGAGUGGGUUUAGUGACUGCUAGAACCUUUCUUAAGUUUUGAUACAGUGAUUCUUUGGGCCAAAAUGAAAUCUUUUUCUCAUCACUUCAGUCUUUGCCCAGCAUUUGCUUGGAAGGAACAGCACGUUAUUGUCUGGGCUUUUUUCCUCAACUCUGUGAUUCUCCUCUCUGUCUCUGGAAAAAUAAGAACCAAGGGAUUUGUGUUACAAGAGAUGACAGUGGGAAGAACAGAAGCAUCUUGAUCUACUGCACUUUUCUCAUGUUAGCAUCUUUCUUUUUAGGCAGGUGAGUCACAUUUCUUAGCUUGGCAGUCUUCUAGAGCCAACUGGUUCUUACCCACCAGUGUUAUCAGUCAGGUUAUUACCAAGUACCUGUCAUGUCUUCUCUCUCUUCAGCAGACCUCAAAAAAUGCCUGGGAAAUGCUGUUACCUAUUUCUAGUACAGCUGCAAAACCAUGCAUAGCUGCAUAUAUAGAAUACAAGGUUUUAUAUAGAUAUAUUUACUUAUAUCAGAAUAUUAGCAAGCUGAAAUAUAGACAGAAGAUUUCUGUAACUGGAGAUAGGGUGUUUCCAGCUUGCACACACCAAUCACCACCUUGCACAUGAAAGCAUUUCUGCAGUACUUAGACCAUUCCUCAUGUGGGGGGACUGUCUGCACAGUAAGUCAAACUGACAGUUUUGGGUAGGCUGUGGUCACUGGGAUCAUCUGUGCCAGAGCAGCAAUCUUAUUUUCUCUCAUUACUCAUAUGUGGCUGGCCUCUGUUUGCCUCCUUUGGAGCAGAGCAUCCCUGGGUCUGAACUUUGCAGGGGGAAAUGUGCUGGCAGGCCAGUCUGACAGUAGGAAAUGGCAUAAUCUAGUGAGUUAUGGUGGCUUUUGGGCACAAAAUACCUGGCUCUCCCUUGGUUUUUUUAACCACAACUAUCACAAUCUAGUACAUUUAAUCUGUUGCAGUUAGUCAAUUUUGACCUCUCUGUGAUUCUAGAUGGGGAAAUACUACAGCAAAUUAGGGAAUCUCCUUUCCUUUCUGACCUGAAACAUAUGUUUCUUUGAUUAGACCUAGAAUGUGGCAAGAAAUUCUGUACCAGCUCCCAGGGCUUCCUUUUCAUCUGUAUAGGUUUUUUAUUAAUAUUUAGAAAGUUUGCCUGCAGCAGUACUAAAAUGUGCAUCAGAGGACAACAGUUGUUUACUGUGUUUGAACUGAAGAAUCUCUCCCAGGAGAUCUCAUUCACUUGAAGUUUACAUCUCUCAAUCUCGACUUGCAGAAAGAGAUCGAUGAAUAACAAUUGUCAUUUCAGAGUUGCACCUCUCCAAUUAUUUAUUUGGUUGUGUGUCUUUCCAGAAGCACACAUAAUUGGAUCAGACACUAAAAACCAGAUUGCAGGUUUUUAAUGACAGCAAGCUCAUACCUCUUUAUAAUGAAAUAAAAAAAGUAAACACACAUAUCCAUCUGUAAAAUGAUAAUGACACAGGAGCUCUCCCUCCCCACCUAAAACAGUUAAAGUUAAUUUAUCUGCUUUAAGAAACUGCAUUAUAUUCAGCAGACAGCUGACAGGUUACCCUUGGGAAGAUCCAUGUUUGGACAUGACUCAAGUUGGUUGUUUUUUUUUACCUCAAGCUGGCAGAGGCUACGAGUGUCACCCAUACUAAAGCUGGUGACUAUUGAAGAUGAUGUUGAGUCUCCCUGAGAGAGUUGUAUCUACAUUUGCUCUCUCAGUGCACCUUCUGGCAGCCAGUCUGAGCUGCUCACUCCAGACACUUCUAAAGCACUGGGUGCAAAGAUGUGAGAAAUCAACAGCAGCAGUGAAAUCUGGAAAUUUCCUAUUGCAGGAGAGUUUGGGAGUCUGGAGUAGGGAUCCAGCUCUAAAAGCUGCCAUGACCACUGCCAGCACAUAACCCUAUCCACAGAGUUUUAGAAUAGUAGAUAGUGUCCCACAGGAUUUCAAGGUGUAGGGAGUAGUUUUCUCAAAAUGCCUUCCCAAAUCGAGCAGUACCAUUUUCAGGCCUCAUUUAUUCCUUUUUUUGGCUACAGAAAUUAGAUUAAUAAGGGAAAAAUGAUAGGUUUUUCCUUUACGAAAAGAAGUGUUUUCCUGGUUUACUACGUGUAUCGUGUUUUCCUUUGCAUCACGGUUACUGGUGGAGAAAAAGCUUUAAAAAAAUCUGAUUAAAAGAUAGUAUGAAACAGUUUGGAGCAUAAACAUUUCUUUUAAGCACAAACCU